AUGACUCUUUCCACUAUUCAGAACGAGGAUGUGCGGGCAUCUGUGGAUGCUGCGCUAGAUACGCUAAAGGAAUCACUUCGGAAACUAAACCACCAGAUCUGGUCAAAUCCCGAACUCGCCUACCAAGAACACGGUGCCCACGAUGCUAUCUGUGAUUUCCUCGAAGGACAAGGCUUUACAGUAACUCGACACGCAUAUGGACUUGACACAUCAUUUGAAGCGCUCAGCGGAUCCGGUGGUCGUUUAGUUAAUUUCAAUGCCGAAUACGACGCGCUUCCUGACAUCGGUCAUGCAUGUGGUCACAACCUCAUCGCCACCAGCAGUAUUGCCGCGUUUCUGGCUCUCUCUUUCACAUUGAAAAAAUAUGGUCUUCCUGGACGGACUCAAUUGCUAGGAACACCGGCUGAAGAGAAUGGCGGAGGUAAAGCCAAGCUUAUUGAUGCUGGAGCCUAUAAGGGCGUUGAUAUCUCACUCAUGGCUCACUCUGGUAACAAGAAAGUAUUCCCCGAUCAGGAAGAUUCAGAUGGAAUUGCUGGAACACUGAUGAAUGCCCGAAAGAAUAUCCAUUGCGAAUUUUCAGGCAAGAGUGCGCAUGCUGGUGGCAACCCGUGGGAUGGAGUCAAUGCCUUGGAUGCCAUGGUCACCUCUUAUAAUAACGUUGCUGUUCUGCGUCAACAGCUUCUACCUGAUCAGCGCGUUCAUUGUGCAUUCAUGGAUACCCCAAAGGUGGCCAAUGUUAUUCCAGCAUAUACCAAAGCCUUCUGGCAGGUCCGCAGUCCGACUUUGAAAGGACUCAAUCAACUUGUGGCUAAGAUUCGGAAUUGUAUCGAGGCCGGUGCGUUGGCUACCGGAUGUCAAGUCACUAUCACAGAGGAUGAGCUUUACACAGAUGUUCGGUUGAAUGACAAACUUUGUGAGAGAUAUCAGGUCCAUAUGGGCAGCUAUGACCGAAAGGUGCUGAAGCGACAUGACAAGGUUUUAACAGCAUCCUCUGAUAUUGGUAAUGUCAGUUAUGUGACUCCUACUCUCCAUACAAUGUUCGGUAUUCCCACGCCCGAAAAAACUUUCCCCCAUCACCCUACAUUUGCUGCUGCUGCUGGUACCGAUGAGGCCCAUGCAGAAGCAAUUAUUGUAGGUAAAUCGCUUGCAUUGAUCGGAUAUGACAUCAUUACCAACGAUGCCAUGUUCGAAACAGUUCAUCGUCAGUGGCAGGAAGAAAUCGCUCGAGAUGACUAG